UACAGGAGAGCACUGACGCUGAGCACACACACCUCAACGGAGACGCACCAGACAUAUCGGGAGUUAUUAGACACAGUAUAUCAGAGUAUUAAAGCAUCAUGCCGGCCACAGAGAAAGACCUGGCGGAGGACGCGCCGUGGAAAAAGAUCCAGCAAAACACCUUCACGCGCUGGUGUAACGAGCACCUGAAGAGCGCCAACAAACGCAUCGCGGACCUGCAGCUGGACCUGAGCGACGGACUGCGCCUCAUCUCACUGCUGGAGGUGCUCAGCCAGAAGAAGAUGUACAGAAAAUACCACCAGAGACCCACAUUCAGACAGAUGAAGCUGGAGAACGUGUCCGUGGCUCUGGAGUUUCUGGACAAAGAGAACAUCAAGCUCGUCUCCAUCGACAGCAAAGCCAUUGUGGACGGCAAUCUGAAGUUGAUUCUGGGUCUGGUAUGGACACUCAUUCUCCAUUACUCCAUCUCCAUGCCUGUAUGGGAGGAUGAAGAUGACGAAGAAGCCAAGAAACAGACUCCCAAGCAGAGACUCCUGGGCUGGAUCCAGAACAAAGUGCCUGACCUCCCCAUCACCAACUUCAGUCAGGACUGGAGGAAUGGCAUGGUGUUGGGAGCUCUGGUGGACAGCUGUGCUCCAGGCCUGUGUCCUGAUUGGGAGAUCUGGGACUCCCAGAAGCCCGUGGAAAACGCCACAGAGGCCAUGCAGCUCGCUGACGACUGGCUCGGAAUUCCACAGGUCAUCGCUCCUGAGGAAAUCAUUGACCCCAGUGUGGAUGAACAGUCUGUUAUGACAUAUCUGUCACAGUUCCCCAAAUCCAAACUGAAGCCUGGCGCACCACUAAAACCCAAACUCAACCCCAAGAAGGCUCGCGCCUACGGUCCAGGUAUUGAGCCAACGGGUAACCGAGUGAGGCGUCCCGCUGUGUUUACGGUGGACACCUUCAGUGCAGGUCAAGGGCAGGUCACAGUCUACGUUGAAGACCCUGAGGGUCUCAGAGAAGAGAUCAAACCUGUGUUGAACGAAGGCAAGAAGACCUACAGCGUGACCUACAUCCCUCAGGUCAUGGGACCUCACAAGGUGACCAUACUUUUUGCUGGACAACAAAUCCCAAAGAGUCCAUUUGAAGUGAAUGUGGACAAAGCGCAGGGAGAUCCCACUAAAGUCACAGCUAAAGGACCUGGACUGGAACCACUGGGCAACAUUGCCAACAAACCAACCUUCUUUGACAUCUACACAGCAGGAGCUGGAGUGGGUGAAGUGACGGCCGUCAUUAAAGACCCUCAGGGUAAGAACAACACUGUAGAGGUCAUCAUUGAGGAUAAGGGGGAAAACGUCUACCAUUGCACCUACAAACCUGUGCAGGCAGGUCCCCACAACAUCAACAUAAUGUUUGGAGGAAUUGCCAUACCCAAGAGCCCCUUCACCGUCAACAUCGGCCCAGCAUCUGUGCCCAGUGCAUGUCGUGCCACUGGACGAGGUUUGCAGCCCAAAGGCGUUAGGGUACAACAGGUGGCUGAUUUUAAAGUUGACACUCGUAAUGCUGGCAGUGGCGAUCUAAAGGUCACAGUUAAGGGACCCAAAGGUCUAGAGGAGCCUAUAAAACAGAAGGACAUGUCAGACGGUGUGUAUUCUUAUGAGUACUAUCCACACACACCUGGAAAGUACACAGUCACCAUCACCUGGGGCGGUCAGCACAUUCCCAAGAGUCCUUUCGAGGUUCAGGUGGGCUCUGAAGCAGGAGCGCAGAAGAUCCGAGCAUGGGGUCCUGGUCUUGAGGGAGGCGUAGUGGGCAAGUCUGCAGACUUUGUGGCCGAAUCCAUCGGGACUGAUGUUGGCGUUCUUGGCUUCGCGAUCGAGGGUCCGUCUCAGGCCCGGAUUGAGUGUGAGGAUCAGAAUGACGGCUCGUGUAACGUGAGGUACUGGCCCACAGAAUCGGGCGAGUACGCAGUCCACGUCAUGUGUGACGAUGAGGAUAUUGAAGACAGUCCCUUCAUGGCGUACAUCAUCCCUGACAACAAAUCCAACAACCCCAACCAGGUCAAGGCGUAUGGGCCAGGAUUGGAGAAGACUGGCUGCAUCAUAAACAAACCUGCCGAAUUCACCAUUGAGGCCAAAGACGCUGGAAAUGGGCCUCUGAAAAUCAUCGCACAGGAUGCUAAUGGCGUCCCUAUUGACGUGAAAGUGAAGAACAAAGGAGAUGACGUCUAUUCCUGCUCGUACACGCCGACCUCAGCCAUCAAACACACACUGGCUGUGACCUGGGGAGGGGUCAGUGUGCCGAACAGCCCCUUCAGGGUGAAUGUUGGAAAGGGAAGCCACCCACACAAAGUGAAAGUGUUUGGUCCAGGAGUAGAGAAAUCUGGACUGAAAGCUCAUGAGCCCACACACUUCACCGUCGACUGCACAGAGGCUGGAGAAGGUGAUAUCAGUGUUGGAAUCAAGUGUGAUGCAAAUGUCAUCAGUGAACAGGAAGAGGAUGUUGAUUUUGACAUAAUUACCAAUGCCAACGACACCAUCACCGUCAAAUAUAUUCCCCCCGGAGCUGGACGGCUCACCAUUAAAGUGCUUUUCGCUGAUCAAGAAAUUCCAGUGAGUCCAUUCCGUGUUAAAGUGGAUCCAUCACAUGACUCCUCCAAAGUCAAAGCGGAGGGACCAGGGCUCGCUCGAGCAGGCGUGGAGAGUGGAAAGCCAACUCACUUCACCAUUUACACCAAAGGAGCCGGCAAGGCACCUAUAGAUGUGCAGUUUUCCGGGCCUAAUAAAGGACAACCUGUCCAAGACUUUGAGAUCAUUGACAACUAUGACUAUUCCUACACUGUCAAAUAUAUACCAGUCCAACAGGGAGAGAUGGUGAUAAUGGUGACCUUUGGUGGUGACCCCAUUUCUAAAAGUCCCUUCGCUGUGGGUGUUGCGGCUCCAUUGGACCUCAGCAAGAUCCAAGUGGAUGGCUUGGAAUGUCGAGUGCAAGUAGGUGAAGACCAGGAGUUUGCCAUUGGUACAAAAGGAGCUGGUGGUCAAGGUAAACUAGAAGUCAAGAUCACCAGUCCAUCAGGCAAGUCCGUGCCUUGUGUUGUGGAACCUCAAUCAGGUAAAGGAGACAGCCUUGUGAAGUACAUCCCCAAAGAAGAAGGCAUUUACGUUGUGGAGGUUGUCUAUGAUGGCAGCCCGGUGCCAGGAAGCCCAUUCAAUGUUGAAGCCAUGUUGCCCCCUGAUCCAAGCAAGGUCAAAGCCUUUGGCCCAGGUUUGAAGGGGGGCCUAGUAGCGAGCCCUGGAGAAUUCACCAUCGACACUAAAGGUGCUGGCACCGGUGGGCUCGGCCUUACCGUUGAGGGUCCCACUGAAGCCAAAAUUGAGUGUUCUGACAAUGGUGAUGGCACCUGUUCCGUGUCGUACCUCCCCACUGAGCCUGGAGAGUACCUGAUCAACAUUCUCUUCGAGGACGUCCAUAUUCCUGGUUCCCCCUUCCAUGCCGACAUCCAGUAUCCAUUUGAUCCCACCAAGGUAGUUGCAUCUGGCUCUGGGUUGAAGAAGGGUAAGGUAGGUGAGACAAGCGUAGUUAACGUUGACUGCGCCAAAGCUGGACCAGGAAAAUUGACACUGGAAGCGGAGUCUGAUUCUGGAGCUAAAGCAAGAACAGAAGUUCUAGACAACAAGGAUGGUACCUACACGGUCACCUACAUCCCGUUGACUGCGGGCAUGUACACUCUACUACUGAAGUAUGGAGGGAAGACCGUUCCCAACUUCCCUGCCAAAGUAAAUGUGGAUCCAGCUGUUGACACCAGCAAAGUGAAAGUGUUCGGACCAGGAGUGGUUGGAAAAGGAGUUUUUAGGGAAGCCACGACUAACUUCACCGUGGAUGCACAAGCUUUGACUAAAGUUGGUGGGAAACAUAUUAAAGCGCUUGUGACGAAUCCAUCAGGUGCUGCUACAGACUGCGUCAUCAAUGACAAUGCAGAUGGAACUUACAACGUGGAAUACACACCAUUUGAGAAUGGAGUCCACAGUGUGGCGAUUCUGUACGAUGAGACUCCAGUUCCAAAGAGUCCGUUCCAGGUUGGGGUGGGUGAGGGUUAUGACCCCUCACGAGUUAAGGCCAAAGGCCCUGGUCUAGAAGAAGCUCUGACCAACAAACCCAACAAGUUCUCAAUUAUCACCAGAGGAGCUGGUAUUGGUGGUUUGGGUAUCACUGUAGAAGGUCCAUCAGAGUCCAAAAUGUCCUGUAAAGACAACAAGGAUGGUAGCUGUAAUGUGGAGUACACCCCAUAUGUGCCCGGUCUAUAUGACGUCAACAUCACAUAUGGAGGAGAACACAUUCCAGGAAGCCCAUUUAAGGUACCAGUGAAGGAUGUUGUGGACUCCAGUAAGGUGAAGAUCUCUGGACCAGGUGUUGGUUCUUCAGUUCGGGCUAAAAUUCCUCAGAACUUCACAGUGGACUGCAGUAAAUCUGGAGUCGCUUCUCUCUCUGUGUCUGUGACAGGACCCAAAGGGGUGGCCGAAACAGUUGACAUCAAAGACAAUGGAGAUGGCACACACACUGUUGCCUACACCCCAUCUGUUGAGGGUCCUUAUUCUGUCGCAGUCAAGUACGCAGAUGAGGAAAUUCCACGCAGUCCAUUCAAACUUCGUGUUCUGCCCACUCACGAUGCCAGUAAAGUGCGUGCCAGCGGCCCAGGGCUGACCACAGGCGUCCCCGCCAGUUUUCCAGUGGAGUUCACCAUCGAUGCCAAGGAUGCUGGCGAGGGCCAAUUGUCAGUGCAGAUUACCGACCAGGACGGUAAACCCAAGAAACCCAACAUUCAUGAUAAUCGGGAUGGAACCUACAAAGUGUCUUAUGUGCCCGACAAGGUGGGCCGUUACACUAUUGUCAUCAAAUAUGGCGGUGAUGAGAUUCCAACUUCUCCGUAUCGGGUGCGAGCGACCUCUACAGGCGACGCCAGCAAGUGUACAGUCACUGGUCCUGGCAUCGGGCCGACCAUCGGCAUCGGAGAGGAGGUCGGAUUCGUGGUGAACACAAAAGGUGCAGGCAAAGGAAAAGUCUCCUGUAUCGUGGUCACUCCCGACGGAACUGAAGUGGAAGCUGAUGUCAUAGAGAACGAAGACGGGACCUUUGACAUCUUCUACACGGCACCUAAACCUGGGACAUACGUUAUUUACGUGCGGUUUGGAGGAGAGAACAUUCCCAAGAGUCCUUUCAAAGUCACGGCAACAGAUGAAGUUCCCAUGGUGCAACAGUCGUCAGUGCAACAGACAAAGACAGCACCAGGCGUCGGCUUCCAGCCCUGGGUUACGGAUGGUGCAUAUAUUCCUGCGAACAGUGUGAAUGGAACGGGAUACAGACCUUUUGAUAUGGUGAUUCCAUUUACGUUGAGCAAGGGUGAAAUCACAGGAGAAGUUCACAUGCCAUCAGGUAAGACAGCCCAGCCCGAGAUCAUCGACAACAAAGACGGAACCGUGACCGUGAAAUACUCUCCAACAGAAGCCGGACUUCACGAGAUGCACAUCAAAUAUAACGGCACACACAUUCCAGAGAGUCCUCUGCAAUUCUACGUCAACAAUGCAAAUAGCCCCAACGUGACCGCUUAUGGACCGGGUCUUGUGUACGGCAUCGCCAAUAAAACUGCCAUGUUCACCAUCUACACUGAAGAUGCGUCUGAAGGUGGUCUUGACUUGGCCAUUGAAGGUCCGUCUAAAGCCGAGAUCAGUUGUGUCGACAACAAAGAUGGAACUUGCACCGUUACAUACCUGCCCACACUUUCUGGAGACUACAAGAUACUCGUCCGAUACAAUGAGAAACAUAUCUCAGGAAGUCCCUUCACAGCCAGAAUCACAGAAGAUAACAAGAGAAAGUCUCAGGUAAAACUCGGCUCAGCUGCAGAUUUCUCUCUGGACAUCAACGAGACGGACCUCAGUCUUCUCACAGCAAGUAUCAAAGCCCCUUCAGGCCACGAUGAACCCUGUCUGCUCAAGAGACAACCCAACAACCACAUCGGCAUCUCUUUCAUCCCGAGAGAGGUUGGAGAGCACCUGGUGAGCAUCAAGAAGAAUGGUCGUCAUGUUGUAAACAGUCCCAUCACCAUCAUGGUGGUCCAGUCAGAGAUUGGAGACGCCAGCAGGGUGAAGGUCUUCGGUCAAGGACUGGUGGAGGGACGCACGUUUGAGAUGUCGGACUUUGUAGUGGACACGAGGGAAGCUGGUUAUGGCGGCUUGGCGUUGUCCAUCGAGGGUCCCAGUAAAGUGGACAUACAGACAGAAGACAUGGAAGACAGCACCUGUGGUGUCUCGUAUUGUCCUACUGAACCAGGAACCUACAUGGUGUCCAUCAGAUUUGCGGAGGAGCAUGUUCCAGGAAGUCCGUUCAGUGUGAAGGUGACCGGAGAAGGUCGUAUCCGUGAGAGCAUCACUCGUCGUCAGAAAGCAGCUUCUGUUGCCAGUGUUGGAAGUGUUUGCGAUCUGAACCUGAAGAUACCAGGAAUCGACAUCCACGACGUCUCCUCUCAGGUCACGAGUCCUUCAGGAACCACAGAGGAGGCGGAGAUCGUGGCCGUUGGCAACCACACCUACUGCGUCCGCUUCGUGCCCCAUGAGAUGGGUGUACACACGGUCAGUGUAAAGUACCGUGGGCAGCAUGUGCCAGGCAGCCCCUUCCAGUUCACCGUUGGGCCACUGGGUGAAGGAGGGUCCCAUAAGGUGCGAGCAGGAGGUCCUGGUCUGCACAAAGCCGAGGCAGGUGUGCCAGCGGAGUUUAAUAUCUGGACACGAGAGGCAGGUGCUGGGGGUCUGUCCAUCGCUGUCGAGGGUCCCAGUCGAGCAGAAAUCUCAUUUGAGGACAGAAAGGAUGGAUCGUGUGGCGUCUCCUAUAUAGCUCAAGAACCUGGCGACUAUGAAGUGUCUAUAAAGUUCAACGAAGAGCACAUUCCUGACAGCCCGUACCUGGUGCCCGUGUGUGCUCCUGUAGACGAUGCCCGCCGGCUUACUGUUACCAGUCUUCAGGAGUCUGGUCUGAAGGUGAACCAGCCCACCUCGUUUGCAGUGCGUUUGAACGGGGCAAAGGGCAACAUCGAUGCCAAAGUUCACAGCCCAUCGGGAGCUCUGGAAGAGUGUGUCGUGUCUGAACUAGAGCAAGACAAAUACGCCAUUCGCUUUAUCCCGCGAGAGAACGGCGUCCACGUCAUCGACGUGAAGUUCAACGGAACACACAUUCCCGGCAGUCCGUUCCAGGUGCGCGUAGGAGAGCCGGGACAGAGCGGAGACGCCGGACUCGUCACUGCUUAUGGACCUGGUCUGGAAAGAGGAACCACAGGUAACCAGGCCGAGUUUACCAUCAAUAACACUAAAGCUGGCAUCGGCUCUCUGGCCGUCACUAUCGACGGCCCUUCAAAGGUGAAGAUGGAGUGUCAGGAGGUUCCUGAAGGGUUCAAAGUUCAUUACACACCAAUGGCCCCCGGGAACUACAUCAUCACGAUUAAAUACGGAGGACCCAACCACAUCACUGGAAGCCCAUUUAAGGCCAAAGUUACAGGUCAGCGGCUGGUGAACGUGACUAAUGCCAGCGAGACGUCCACUCUGAUGGUGGAGUCCGUGACCAGAUCAAACGGCACAAACUAUCUCAGAACAUCUCCCAGAGCUUCAUCUGAUGCCAGUAAAGUUCUCAGUCGAGGUCCUGGUCUCAGUAAAGCCUUCGUUGGGCAGAAAGCAUCUUUCACUGUAGACUGCAGUAAAGCAGGGAAGAACAUGCUCCUGGUCGGCGUUCUUGGUCCUCAGACGCCCUGUGAGGAGAUCAUGGUGAAACACACGGGAAACAUGCAGUACAACGUCAGCUACAUCUUAAAGGAGCAGGGCAGCUACGUACUGGCUGUGAAAUGGGGAGAUGAGCACGUCCCAGGGUCCCCGUUCCACGUCACUGUCCCGUAAUUCCCUCCAAUAAACCCAAAACCCACUUUAGACACUGUAAAACAAAUUAUGGAAGGCAACAGUGGACAAAUCAUUCAGAACUCCUUAAUUCUGUUGAACUUUGCACUCUAUCAUGUUUUUUGAAGCAUCAUGACGUUGAUGUCGGCAUGUUAUGAUGCAUGAAUUGUACAAUUUUGAUUUGUUGGUUUUGGUUCAGAAUUGCAAAAUUUUAAGGUUCCUCUUUAGCUUCAGUGCUGGUCAGAAAUCAGAAUCGACCAUGUAUGAACAAACUGAUUGGGGUUUUCACACCCAAACAUUUAUUUACUACUGACACCGUCUUUAAUCGUUUGUCUUUACUCACAUAUUACAAUGUUUCCAUAUCUAUGUGUUUGAUUCUCACUGCAUAAACUGAACUGUGACUUAUUUGCUCUUACAUCAAAACAGGACUGUCACUAAUUCCUCGCUACACUUCAAAUUUAAAACGUAUUGCUGUACUUGUCUUAACUGGCUUCACUGCUACACGUUGAGUCGUUUACAGAUAAAGGAGAAAGUAAAUCAAACGUGCUGUACAGGAUUUCCUUUACUGUAUAGGAGUGCCCUCAUGACCAAAAGAUCCAGUAUUCUCAGAUGCUAGCUGAUUAUCAGACAUAUCCUAACAUCUCAUCACAGUGAAAGAUUUAUGCAGAUAUUUGCAUUUUUCCGACCUUUGUCUCAAAUUGUCUUAAUGAUAGUUUUGAUAUUCCAGUGGGGAAGAAUUUUGUAAGUGUUUUAAAGGCAAGGGGAGAAAUGUAAUUGUAUUUUGUAUUUGGCCAUUGGUGCCUUAUUGUGAAACACACAAAUAGAUUUGAUGUACAUUUGCUUGUUAAAACUGGAAUAAAGAAUUUGAAAAUGAUGUCUUGUUAUUUGU